AUGGGUGUCGACAACACUUCUGAACUAAUGCUUCACGGAGCAUUAGAUGGAGAUGAAACGAGCCUUCGUGAUUGCAGGGCCCAGAGACCUACCAAAGUCAUAUCAGAGUAUCUAUUUCACGAAGCUCCAGAAUUUCGGCGAUUAUCUGAACUCCGGCAAAUCGGGUGGAAUAAUCCAAGAGGCGAUCAGUUCUUUGCACAGCAGCGCCGAGCUGCUGAUCACGCCGACGACAAGACAAGCAAGAUUUUUUACAGAAUGAUGGAAAACAUCGGUUACGAUAUGCACCAGCUUACUGGCGUCUUCCAAAUCGAACGCCCAGAUCCGCGAAAACACUCGAUCCUUGACAUGUGCAUGGCUCCGGGAGGCUUUCUUGCGACAGCAUUGCACAUCAACCCGAGAGCCCGAGCUUUAGGAUUCAGCUUACCGAAAUUCAAUGGUGGACAUAGUGUGCUUCUACCAAGGUAUUCCAAUGUGACACUGAAGUUUCAUGACAUCACAAUGUUAGCGGCCGAUAUGGGGCUAACAGAUAUCCCACACGAUCACCCGGAUGCUGGAAACUUCCUACCCAGCCAAUUCAAGUCAAAGCAGAGAUUUGACCUUGCUCUAUGCGACGGUCAGGUUCUUAGAAAUCAUGAGCGGGCGGCCUAUAGGGAGCAUAGGGAAGCAAGUAGAUUGACUCUUACACAACUGGCACUUGGGCUUGAGCAUAUCAAGCCGGGGGGGACUAUGAUUGUCCUCCUCCAUAAAGUCGAGGCUCCGAAUACCGUGCAACUGCUACAUACAUUUGAGAAAUUUGCUUCGGUGCGGCUUUACAAGCCUGCGAAGAGCCACGCCAAACGGUCUUCCUUCUACAUGCUCGCAACCAACAUCAGAGCCGAUUGCGAGGAGGCAGCCAUGGCAAUCAGCAGAUGGAAAAAGGUAUGGAAGAUGGCAACAUUAGGAACGAAUGAUAUGUACCACAAGACGCUUCUCGAGGACGCAGUCGAUGCUGAGGUUCUGCUGAAGGAGUUUGGCCCUAGGUUGGUUGAGUUGGGCAAGGAGAUCUGGGAUAUCCAGGCAAAUGCCUUAGCAAAGGCUCCUUUCGUGAGAAAAGUGCUGCAAGCUCAGGGAGGCCUGUCCAUACAUUGA